AUGAGGGGUCCCCGCAAGAGGUCUGUGGGGAGGGAAGAGCGGGAGGAAGAGGCGGCGGCCGCUGGGCGACCUGCAGGGGUCCCGGAGGCCGAGGGGGAUUUCGAUGCCGGUUUGGACUCCGACCUUCAGACAGGAGGCACCGUGGGCUUGGAGAGCUGGUCAAAGGACACCAUCUCCUUGAGGUCCACCGGGGCCCACACCAUCGUGCCUGCCUCCUGCUUUCUAUGCCAGGGAAGUGCCCCAGAGCUGAACCUGAGACACUGUGGCCUGGGGCCUCAGGGGGCCCAGGCUCUGGCUUCCACGCUGACCUCCAAUCCCUGUGUCAAGUGGCUGGACCUUCGGGACACUGGGCUGUGUGAGGCUGGCACAGAGGCCCUGGCAGGUGCCCUGAGCAGAAGCAGCAGCAUCUAUGAUGUGGACCUGUCGGAGAACCAGCUGGGAGCAGUGGGCGCCCAGGCUGUGUGUGCCGCCCUCACGGUGACCCCAGCCAUGCAGAGGGUACAGCUGGCAGGGAACGGCCUGGAGGAGCAGGCAGCCCAGUACCUUGCUGAGCUCCUGCUGGCCCCCACGGGCCUGAAACCCCUGGACCUGAGCUACAGCGAGCUGAGUGACCAAGCAGGGUGGACACUUGGACCAGCCCUGGCAGAAAACACAGGACUCACCGAGCUUGACAUGAGCUGGAAUCACCUUCGAGGCCCAGGAGCCAUGGCCUUUGCCAGGGGACUGGAGGCAAACAUCUUCCUGAGAGUCCUGGACAUCUCAUACAAUGGCCUUGGAGAUCCUGGAGACUUUGUGGUGGGUGAGGCACUUAAGACCAACAAUGUAUUUGAGGAACUUGACAUGAGCAACAACCGAUCUGGAGUGGGAGCCCUGAGCCCGGGCCAGGGCAUCCAGGUCAACCAGACACUGAGGACUCCUCUGCUCUCAGUGUCCUGCGUGUGUUUCUUAGGUGUCUGCUUUGGUGUUCUCCAGUCUGUGCAGGGGGACCCAGUGUCUGCCCUGGAACUGCUGGAUUUCUCUGAUGUCCAGGUGAGCAGAGAGUUUGAUGACCUCGCUAGCUCAGUGAAGGUCACUCUUCCAAGGCUUUGCAGAAAGACUGCUGCCCGCAGAGUGGAGCACAGAACAGAGUUGCUGCCAGCCUUCAGCCCGUCCCCACCAGCGUCUGCCCCUAAAUGACCGUGCAGUGUGGCUUCCUCAUCUCCCAUCGGCCACUUCAACUUCCAUGUGGAAGGUUCUGGACCUCACCAUGCCUUGUUACCACCUGAGUCUGCACUGAGUCCCCAUGUCAACUAGGGGAGAA